CCAUUGCCAAGCUCCCCUUUUCCCCCCUCCCCCUCCUCCUCCUCCUCCCGCUCCCUCCAUCCCCCACCACCCCCGGCGAGCUCCUCCACCGGCGGCAGCGGAAGAGCGGCGGGGGGGACCGAGCCUAGUAGGUGAGGGAAAGGGCGAGCUGAGCCAGUGCGAUGGGGCAGCAGCAGCUGAUCUACGCGUUCGUGGCGCGGGGCACGGUGGUGCUGGCCGAGUACACCGAGUUCACCGGCAACUUCACCACCAUCGCGGCGCAGUGCCUGCAGAAGCUCCCCGCCAGCAACAACAAGUUCACCUACAACUGCGACGGCCACACCUUCAACUACCUCGUCGAGGACGGAUUCACGUACUGUGUAGUUGCUGUUGAGUCAGUCGGGCGACAAGUUCCCAUUGCUUUCCUGGACAGAGUUAAGGAAGAUUUCACCAAAAAAUAUGGUGGUGGGAAAGCAGCUACUGCAGCAGCAAACAGCUUGAACAGGGAGUUUGGAUCAAAACUUAAAGAGCACAUGCAGUACUGUGUGGACCACCCUGAGGAGGUCAGCAAGCUUGCCAAGGUGAAGGCCCAAGUCUCAGAAGUUAAAGGAGUUAUGAUGGAGAACAUUGAGAAGGUUCUGGACCGUGGUGAGAAGAUUGAGCUGCUUGUUGACAAGACUGAAAAUCUGCGUUCUCAGGCACAAGAUUUCAGGCAGCAGGGCACUAAGGUGCGGCGAAAGAUGUGGCUGCAGAACAUGAAGAUCAAGCUGAUCGUGCUGGGCAUCAUCAUCGCGCUCAUCCUCAUCAUCAUCCUGUCGGUGUGCCACGGCUUCAAUUGCGGCAAGAAGUGAGGAGAUGGCGAGAACGAUUGGUAUGGAGAGUUUUGCUCUGUUAGUGGCGCUGAUUAUUCUUGGUGAUCACAGAGAGUGUGCGUUCCUGAUGUCUGUGUCCGUGGUUGGUGGUUGAUUGCUGUUGGGUUGGUUGGUUGGGGGAAGUGACUGGGUGAGAAGUGGGGGUUGAGUGUCGUGUAAUUUUGGAUGCUACUAUUGUGCAUUGUAUAGCUUGUAUGCUACCCUGGUCCGUUCCGCUAUAUCAGUAGAGGUUAUUACGUUUGCUCUCCA